AUGGUAGGCAACCCUAUUUCCAUCUUCAUUUAUCUCCUGGCAUUUACCAGCACGAUAGGCAACCUCACUGCACUCUUUGCCUUUAUCAGUAAUGCCAUCCAGCACAAAGUCCUUCAGCCCUCAGACAGGAUCACUGUCAGCACGGCCCUGGUGCACCUCCUAUGCUGUUGCUGCAAAGAGGUCCCACCAGUCCUCUCCUUUCCCAGCACCAGUGUUUUUGGUGAGACGGGGUGCCACAUCCUCCUCUACGCAUAUCACAUGCUGAGGCUGAUCAGCAUCUGGUCAGUGAAGAAUCUAAGUUUCCUCCAUAUGAUAAAGAUCCAUAGACCUAAUAAUCACAGGUCCAAGUUCAUCUACAGGCAUCAGCGGCAGCAUGUGAACAGCAUCCUUGCUGGCUGCUGGAUCUUCAGCAUCAUCUUCCGAUUGCCCUACCUUCAGUACAACACAGCAGUAGAGAGGAUAAAUAAAGAAACUUCUGUGCUUGGCUACCAGCGCUUGCUUAAGCUCUCCAGCGAGUUUCAUCAUGAGGUUCAACACCUACACAUCCGACUCCUUGAGCAAACCCUUGAGAACAGCAUCCUCAGAGGUCUCUACGGAGUGUUGUCCUGCAUCUGUUGCUCCUCCAGUUCCUAUGUCAUUGUGUUUGGCUACAGGAAGGCCAGAGAAUACCUCACUGAAGCCUGCUGGUGCCUGAGAUCUGAUGAGGAACACCAGCAAAAUGUGGCGGCAGCAGCAGUGGCCAGGCCUCAGCCCCAGCCUGAAGAGCGGGGAGAUGGGAUGCCAAGGCGCCGGAGGAACAUGGGAAACCGGAUGAUGGCCCAGAGGAGAGCGCAGCAGGCGGAAGACUGGGUGGAAGAGGAAGAUGAUGCUGAGGAGGUGCCAGAAUUUCAGGUGUCUGGGAAAAUUGGAGCGAAGAAGCAGAGGAAAUUAGAAGAGAAGCAAGCCAGAAAAGCACAGAGAGAGGCUGAAGAAGCAGAACGAGAAGAACGGAAAAAACUUGAGUCAAUAAGAGAGGAGGAAAGGCGGAAAGAAGAGGAAAGAAUACGUCUGGAGGAAGAACGACAGGAAGAGGAACAAAGAAAGGCAAAGGAAGAAGAGGAGAAGAGAGAGUACGAAGAGUACCUGAAGCUGAAGGAGAGUUUUGUAGUUGAAGAGGAGGGAGUUGAAGAAUCAAUGACAGAGGAAGAGUCUCGCAGCUUUCUAACGGAGUUUCUUGAAUACGUUAAGAAAACAAAGGUAAUCCAGCUGGAGGACUUGGCUUCACAUUUGGGUUUAAGAACACAGGAUGCAAUUAACAGAAUCCAGGACCUGAUGGCAGAUGGCACUCUGACAGGUGUGAUUGAUGACAGAGGAAAGUUCAUCUACAUCACUCCAGAGGAGAUGGCUGCCGUGGCUCAGUACAUCAGACAGAGAGGACGAGUCUCCAUCGCAGAGCUGGCCCAAGCAAGCAAUUCCCUGAUCAACCUCCAGCCUGACAGCCGAGCCGUUGCUCCCACUGUGGCAUGA